AUGAAUUUUACCUUUCACCUGACAUCCCCUCUGCUGCAUACUUACCGUCGAGUUCGCAUCGUAUCGUCUCCAUCUCCCUCGUCCACGUCAGCAGGCGACUGCCCGGUUCUCGGCAAGGGCUUCUUCUUCGGCCUCGCCACAGCGCCUGCACACGUGGAGGACCAGCUCGAUGACGCGUGGCUGCGAUUCGCUCGCCGCGGAAGCAACGAGAAGCCCGACCGAGGCCCUGUUCGGGCAUGGCACAACGUGCCCAAGCCUGAGCAGCGGCUUCGAUUCUGGACCGAGCCUGAGGUGGAGGUGGACCUGGCGGCGCGUGCAGGCGUGGAGGCCUUCCGCAUGGGCGUUGACUGGGGGAGGAUUGUUCUGCGCGAGCCACAGGGGGGCCAGAUGGAGAUCGACCACGCGGCAGUGGCGCGCUACAAGGAGAUAAUGGCGCUGGUGCGGGCGAGGGGCAUGCACGUGAUGCUGACGCUCUUCCACCACUCGCUGCCCUCCUGGGCCGAGCCCAUUGGCGGCUGGACCAACGCCUCCCUUGUUGGCCACUUCGACUCCUGGACCCAGCUGGCAGUGCGCGAGUUCGGGCCAUUGGUGGACUACUGGGUGACGUUCAACGAGCCGCACCUGUUUGUCAUUCUCACCUACUGCAUGGGCGUGUGGCCGCCCGGCAAGGCGCCCUCGCUGCUGCAGUCGGCGCUCUGCAUGUCGCCCGUGGGGCAGUAUAGCCAGGCCAUGCAACACAUCGGGGAGGCUCACAUCUCUGCCUUCAAGAUCAUCAAGAAAGGGAGCGCAGCACCAGUGGGUGUGGCAGCCAACACGGCCUUCAUGACACCCUUCAGCGCGCUGGACGUCAUUGUACCGCUCUACAUCGACUGGAUGACGCUCUUCCCCUGGGUCGAUCACAUCCAACACCACCUCGACUUCUGUGGCCUCAACUACUACGGCCAGGAGUUCAUGUCAACGGCAGGCCUGCAGAGUGUGGAUGAAGAGGAGUUCUCAGAGGCAGGCCGGGCAGUCUACCCAGACGGUUUCUACCGCAUCCUCAUGGCCUUUCACCGCCGCUACUCGCCAAACCACCCUGCGCUGCGCUUCAUCGUCACUGAGAACGGCUUUGCUGACACUGAGGACAACAUUCGCCGCCCGUAUCUGAUCGAGCACCUGCUGGCACUCAACGCGGCUAUCAAGGAGGGCAUGCCCAUAGACGCGUACUUCCACUGGACCAUCACCGACAACUGGGAAUGGGCGGACGGUUAUUGCCCCAAGUUCGGCCUGGCAGGCGUUGACAGGGCCUCCGCCAACCUCACGCGCGUGCUACGCCCCUCCUAUGGCCUCUUUAAGGAGAUCGUGGAGUCACGGCAGGUGACGGUGCAGCAGAGGGAGGAGGAGUGGGGGCAACUGCAGCAGCGGGCGCAGCGGGGCGAGCAGCGCUCCUACUGCCGUGCUGUGGAACCCUCCGGUCGCAUGGGCGCUGACUCCCUUGACUCCCCCACUACACGGGUCAUAGCCACCAAGGACUGGCGCUAUGGCGAGUACAGGCGCCCCAAGGCCGCUGUGAUGGUGAAGCGCACGGCGAGAAUUGUCCGCAUCUGGCUGGAGGACCUGCUGCUGGCCGCCCAGCAGGCUGCAGAUGCUGCCAACUCCCUCCUGUGCCGCCUCAUGCAUGGCCCUCACCACCAGCACCAGCAGCAGCAGCAACAUCAGCAGCAGGAGCAGCAGCAUCAGCACCAGGAGGCUGCAAAGGAGGAUACAUGGGAGGACGUGGAAGUAGCCAUCCAGUCCCCUCGCUGCUUCUCCCGCUCGUCACCUUCUCCUGCUCACUUUUUCACAGAGUGCUGCACCACUCUGCGCGUGCGGGCUCUACCCUUCCCCUACUCACCUCCAAUCCUCCGCCCCCCCCUGCUUCCCGCCCUGCCUGCUUCUUUCUCUCCGCUUUACCCAACAGGCACCAACGGGCCGGGAGCACAGUGGCAGCAGGAGCUGCAGCAGGUGCUGCCGCCACACUCCUUGGCGCGCCCGCGGCGAGUGCUGCUGCUCGUGCCCACGGAGGCGCAGCAGCAGGCAGCGGCCAAGGCAUGGAGCCGACUGCAGAGGCAGCAGAGCGGGCAGCAGGCCGGGCAGCAGGGCGCACAGCAGGCGAGGCAGCAGGAGGCAUCAGGCGCUGCUGGUAGCGUGGUGGUGGCUGUGGAGGUGGUGGGGUCUCAGCAGUGGGACCUCCUCGUGUCUCACCCUGCUGCGUUUGACUUGGCGCUGCUCACAGCUGUGUGCGCCCCACCCCCCUCGCCUCCUUCCACACUCGCCGUGCACUCCCUCUGGCCGCCCUCAAGGAUUCAAGCUGCCCUAGCAGCCCCUGUUCGCGCCCUUCUCAUCCUGGGCGACACGUGCACACUCUCAGCUGGCAGUGACACGUGGCGCCAUGUCAUUGGUGGCGCAAGGGCGCAGGGCAGGUUCUUAGACUUGGAGCAGUGUGAUGCGGCCAUGGGGAGGGCGAUUCGAGCGAGGCGGGCGGCAGUGGAUGACAUGCGGCACAUGCUGCAGCAUGCCAAGGGCGAGGGGGGUGUGGCGGGCGAGGGGCGGGGCUCACAUGGAUCCCCCAUGCACUGGCAUGAUCUGCCAUGGACGCCCCACCCGUUCCCACUCGUGCAUCCCUGUUCCUCCUCUUCCUCACUCACUUGUGAUCCGCUUCCUAUUCCCCCCCGCACCAUCUGGCCCCUCCCCUGCCGGCAGGGUUUAUUCUCACCGGAAUUUGGGGAGGCCCUGCAGCGGCAGCAGUCAGUGGAGGUGGUGCUGCUGCUGUGGUUCAUCCUGCAGGGCCGGCACAGCAGAAAGGAGGGUAAAGGGGCUGCUUGCUGGGUGGAGGGGCGAGGGCGGCAGCAGCAGCAGCAGCAGCAGCAGCAGGAUGAGGUGUCACGGGUGUUCGAUGACAUCGUGCAUGUGGAUGUGGUGGGCGACCUUUGUCUCAUCUGGUCUACCGAUCACAGAGUGCCCGGGACAGACUCGCAGCGUCAUGGCACCUCUCUCGUUCUCCUCUCCCUCCCGAUCCCCUGCAAGCAGGUGGUGAGGCUGUGGGCGCUCGUGCCGGAGAGCCAGUGCCAGCGGUGCCUGCAUCGCAUCUGCAUGCAUCUCACCAGCUACUCGCCUGCCUACCUGCACUACUGUUCCCUGCACCAGUACCACCCCUCGCCCCCCUACCUGCGCAUGCCAGCCGUGGUGCAACAGCCCAGCGUGCUGUGGUUUAAGCCCCCCUCAGAGACCUCAGCAGCAGCAAUGGCCGCAGAAGCAGCAGCAGCGGGAGUGCAAGUGGAUGUGGUGACGCCGCCCAAGUUCAUCAUGCUGCAGCCGGCCAUGGCGCUGAGUCUGCUGGGCGAGGGCGGUGGUGCUGCGGCGUGUGCGCUGAGCAGCGUGCCGUUUGAGGUGAACGCAGAGGAGAGGGCCGCCAUCCUCUGCCCCUCCAGCCUUGUCGUCCAUGGCCGAUCCGGCACCGGCAAGACGACAGUGAUCAUCCAUCGGGCGCUGCGUCUCCACCGCCUCUUCUGCCACUCCACCGUCCCCGCUUCCUUCUCCACCGCUUCCCACCAGCUCUCACCAUCCGGGACUCAUUGCGGGAAAGGGGCGGCAGAUCUAGAGGAGGGUGGAGUGGGCAGUGGAGUGGGUGUUGGAGUGGGCGGCGGAGUGGGCGGCGGAGGAGGGGGUGGCUUGCGGCAGGUGGUAGUGACGCGGAGCUUGCAGCUGUGUGCUGCCAUUCAGACUGAGAUCACUCAUGCUGCACGAGCGCUCUCUGCACUGGACGCCAUUCAGCCGGGCUCCGCUCUCCCAGAGGCAACACAGCAGCAGGCAGCUCCCAGUCGUUCUGCCCACACCGGCCACCCCCUUGCCAGCAGCAGCAGCAGCAGCAGCAGCAGUGGCGGCGCGCUGCUGAUGAGAGAGGACCUAGAGAGGGCGCUCAUGGGCGGGCUACCCACGUGCAUAGCCGCUAUCCCCCCCGCCGCCUUCCCACUCGCCCUCACGCUCUCCAAGCUGCUACGCCUGCUCGACGCCUCCGUCACUCACCCCUUCCUGCAAUCCACUCGCCGCCGCCGCAAGCGCGAGGCUGCGAGUCGGAGGCUUGUGCUGGCAGUGGCGAUGAGCGGCCAGGGGCUGAGGGAGGCCUGGGAGGAGGGGGAGAUAGGGCACGCGUGGGGAGGACGUGUGGAGAAAGAGAGGUGGGAGGCGCAUAGCAGUGGUGCCUGGGGAAGGAGGGCACGAGGAGCGGGUGAGGGACGGUCGAUGCGAGAAGGAGAAGGGAUCAUGGGCGGUUGGCAGCAGCAUGGGAUGGAUAGAGAGGAGCGGGCGGAGGGACAGGAGGAGCAAGAUGAGGAGGAGGAGGAGGUUGAGGUGGAUUUUGAGCGGUUCAAGAGGCACUACUGGCCGGCCAUGGAUCAGCGGAGCACCAGAAAGGCCGUGAUGGGUGCUGCGUUCGUGUACCGGGAAAUCACCUCGCACAUCAAGGGCAGCUUGCAGGCCAUACGGUCACCCCUGGGGCACGUGGGGGAGGAGGAGUAUGUGCGGGGCAUGGUGGGAAGCAACCAGCGCACGAGCGCCAUGGGUGAGAGCGAGAGGCGGGCUGUGUACGGCAUCUUCCAGGCGUAUGAGAGGAAGAAGAGGCAGCGGAGGGAGUACGAUAGCGGCGACCUGGUGGUGUACCUCCACCGGGAGAUUCGUCGGAUGCGAGAGAACAACGAGCCCUGGUGGUCUGCGGAGAAUGAGCCUUUGAGCGCAUGUGUUCAACAGCCCAUGCGCUCAACUGCCGGAAGAACCAGUUCCUCUUACUCACCUUCACAUGCAGUCAAGCGCUCUCCUGCCUCGUCCUCUUCAGCCGCCCCCGGGCCCACAUGCCCGCCUGUGUUUGAUUGUGUGUCGGUGGACGAGGUUCAGGACCUCACUCAGGCGCAGCUGGCACUGCUGCCGCUGCUGUGUGGCAACGUGGCUUCGGGGUUUCUGUUCGCGGGGGACACAGCGCAGUGCAUCGCUCAUGGGGUUGACUUUCGCUUCGAAGACCUCGCACGAGUCGUUUACAACGAGUUUCUCAAUAGAGAGGAUGAAUGCAGCAGGGACGUGGUUGUAAAUCCUGGACACGAGAGGCGAGAACAAGGUGCUGGGCAGAGGAGGAGUAAGGUGGGGAGUCACUGUGAGAGCACUGCUCCUGGCAGCAAUAGCAGUAGCAGUAGCAGUAGCAAAAGCAAGUUUAUUUCGCGGGCGCCAGUGAGAGCGCUGCCGCAGUACCAGCUGGUUCGGAACUAUCGGACACACAAUGGCAUACUCAAGCUCGCAAACAGCGUGGUGCAGCUGCUGAGAAGCUUCUUCCCGACGGCCAUCGACCGAUUGAACGAGGAGCUGAGCACGGUGGAGGGUGUGGCGCCCGUGAUGGCGUCUGUGUCUCCCGCGUGGAAGAGGCAGCUCGCACAGGGCAUGCCUCUCAGCGCCACCCAGGCCAUUAUUGUGCGCAGUGCGGAGCAGAAGAGGGCGCUCUCGGCCCUCUUCCCAGUGAAGCCUGUCAUUCUCACAGUGGAGGAGUGCAAGGGGCUGGAGUAUGAGGACGUCUUCCUCUUGAACUUCUUCCGCGCGCCCCACUCCACCACCAUCACCACCACCCCGUGGAGCCUGCUCUACACCUACAUGCACGACAACGGUCUGGGAGAUGGGGCGCACAGGAGUGGUGGUGGUGGUGGUGGUGCCUGCCCUUGUGAAACGGGGAAGCAACUGCUUGCCUUCGACGAGCUCAAGCACUGUUCGCUGUGUGCGGAUCUGAAGCAGCUGUAUGUGGCUAUAACGAGGGCAAAGCAGCGGCUGUGGGUGCUGGAUGAGGCAGACGAGGAGAGUGGGCCCAGCGAAUUUGGUGUGCGUGCGGGGAACCACAGCGGCCCAAUGAUGGACCUGUGGGCGGCGAUGGGCCUUGUGGUGGUGAAACAUGGUGAGGAGAUCGGAGCACAGUCAGUGAAGCGGGCUUCAGAGGAGAAGGACUGGCGCUCACUUGCCUUCACUUUUUUCCAGAGGGGCGACUACGAGGCGGCAGAGGCAGCAUACGAGCGCGCUGGGGACACUUUCAAUGCCCGCUUCUCCCGUGCCAUGCUGCUGUACGUGGCGGGCAUGGGCCGCACGCCACCGCCAACCGCAGAAGCCUCCUCUGUCCUGCAGUCUGCCUGCCCCUCCGCGCUGCCCUCUGUGCACGCAGAUCUGUCUCUGCUUUCCGCCGCCGAUUUGCUGCUCGCUGCCGCCCGCCUGUUUGAGGACAUAGGAAGGGGAGCGGAGGCAGGCCGCACGUACAGCAAGGCCAGAAGCUUUGAAGAUGCGGUGCGCGUCUACCUCUCCGUCUGUCACCCGCCUGAUAAUCUGAAGGCCGCCCGAUGCUACGAGAGGCUAGGAAGGUGCAACGAAGCUGCUGAUUGCUACAGUGCUGGCGGAGACAUGCACAGUGCGCUCUCUGUGUGCCUGCGAGCUCGCACCUUCAGCAAGGGCCUCUCGCUUCUCGACAGCUGGCAGUCGGCUGAAGCCACCUCAGCAUCAGGGGCUCUACCCAACCACGAGUCUCUGCAUAUGAAAGGAUGGUACGUGACUCAAUGCGCAGUGAAGCACGAAGAGGAGCGUGACUAUAACGAGAUGCUGCGAUUCAUCCGGCUGCACCCGUCGCUGCAAGCAAAGCGGGAGUUCCUCGAGAGAGGGCGGCACCUGCGGCAGUUGGCAGUGUUGGAGCGAGAGGAGGGCGACAGCACCCGCGUGCCGCUGCUGCUGCAGAGGGCCGGUAUGCUCCUGGAGGCGGCACUGUGCCUGUGGCAGCUUGGCUGGCCGGGCCGCUCUCUCGUCUGCUUCGUGCGCCACCUGCAGUGGCGGUUGAACAUGGCGGGGCGAGGGGCAUGGAUGGGGGAGGGGAGGGGCGGAGGGGAGGAGAUGCAUGCUAGGGGAGGUGUGGAGUUGGGCCGAGAGGAGGUUGAGAUGGCCCAGCGGUUGCGAGGUGUGGAGAGGUGGGGCUUUUCUGAUCGAAUGGCGUGUGAGGAUUGUGAUUUGGGAUGGGCGAAGGUGGAGAUGGGUGUGUUGCUUUUCCUGCUGCAGCAUUACUCUUUUGAUGGCAGCACCGGCGGUGGUAGUGGUGUCGACGUGAGCAGUUCAGGUGAGGCUGCUGUGAGUGCGCCAGGUGAUGACAAGGGAAUGCGCAAGGAUGUGGAAAGGGAGGCGAGAAUCUCUCAAGCAUGGAGGAUGGUGAGGCUGGGGCAGAUGCUGCAUGCAGGUGGAGUGGAGGCGGGUGGAGGGACGGCUGGUGGGCAGGCGGGGUGUGCUGGUGGCGGCUCCGUCGCUAGUGCAGGGGUGUCUGGCGAGGUGAGUGGGUGCGAGUUGCUGGGUGCAGAGAUGACAAGGGAGGAGAUGAUCGAGGCUGGGGAGUUGUGGCACGAGCAGAAUGUGCGUCGCAAGGCGGCAGAGAAGGCGGAGAGGGAGAGAAGGGAGAGCCAGGUGCAGUGGCAGGAGGACAUGGUGGCACAGGAGGAGGGGUGUGAAACGGAGUGGAAGGGGGCGGAGCAGCUGCGAGCAGAGCUGAUGCUUGCUCACUUGGGGCUACAGGUGGCUGUGCGCAUGCUGCAGCACGCACAGCAGCGCCUUGUGCUCUGGCUGGAGGGUAGGACAGAGUCUACUGCCCGUUGGCACGCGGCAGCAGCAGCAGGGACGGCAGCACAAAGGCUGUCGGCUGCGCUUCCCUGCACAGGGACCCUCACCCGUGUUCCUGCCAUUGCCCAUCUGCAGCACAAAGUGGCUCUGUGGUGGGCGCGUUGGUCCGCCCGCCUCACGCCCCUCCUGGGCUCGCUGCACUACCUGCAAUGCAAUGCCAUGCCUGCUGCCGACUCCAGCCUCCCCCACCUUCACGCUGCCUUCUCCCUCCUCUCCGCGUCCUUCCACCGCCGCCUCUCCUCCUCCUGCCAGCUUGAUGACAUGGCGCUGCCGUGGGCCAAGGGGGUGGCACUGGAGCCACUGGCAAGCACAGGGAGGAGUGGUGCGAUGGAGGGGCGGAGGGCGGUGGAGGUGGUAGCAGGGGUGUGGGAGAGGGAGUAUGCGAGCCGGUUGAAUGGAGCGAAGCAGGUGGCGUGCAGUGGAGCUGUGACCUGCUCCUCUGCGCUCCUCAGCCGCUUCCGUAAGGUGCACUUCUCUGUCAACUCUCUCAUCCUUGUCUUCAAAUCACCCUUCUGGAAUUCAACGCAGGCCAUGAUGCGUGCUCGCGUCUUCAACUCACAAGGUCACUCUUCAGCUGUUUCCGAGGUGACUUUUGAGUCGACUCAAAAGGUGACGUUUGAGUCGACUCAAAAGGCAUCAGUGUCUUCCCAGCAGCCUCCCUACCCCUCUGCCCAACCCCUCGCCCUCCUCCCUCUGGUGGAACAUUCACUCGCACUGCUGCAUGCUGCGAUGCACUCCUGCUCUCGCUCUGCCAUCGUCCCAUUCCCCUCCGCCACUCCUCUGCACCACCUCUUCACCUCCCUUCUGCUCCACCCGCCCCCGCCUGCCUUCGCGUCAAACAGUCUCCAAUCGUGCACCCAUCCAACCCUCAGUCGCAACCUGCGCCGCACUCUGCUGGAACUUCUAUCUGCCCUUGUAGCUCUGCUGCACACAUACGAGCCAUCCAGGGGUGCGCUGGGGAAACAAACUGAUGGAAGUGGUGGGGGAAGUAGAGCCGGCCGAGGCAGCAGUGUGCCUGGUGGGAGAAGCGGAUGGGGGAUGUCUAGCGAGGGAGGGGGUUGUGGAUGGGGCAAGGAAAGAGGUGGAAACGCGAUGGGGCAGUCUGCUGCAAUGCUGAGUGUGCCGCUGGCGAUGGGAGAUGCAUUCUGGAGGGUGAUUCCUGCGCGCUCACUGGACGAGACAUGGAGAGUUGUACAGGUGGUGCUCAGGGGCUUGCUUUACGCGUGCCAUUCUCCAAGUACCCAGUCAAGCAACAACGCAGGUGUGGGCAUUGGGAAGGGCAGCAGACGAGCGAGCAUGCCGGAGCUGCUAUCUGCCAUGCCGUUCUCAUGCUCACAGAGAAAUCCCCUUCUUUCCGUUAGCUCCUUUGACUUUUCUUCCACCCAAGCCCUGCUUCACGAGGCGUGGCGGAGUCGAAACGAUCACGGAGCUGCUGAAAUGGGCCUCUCUCCUGCCUGGGCCGCACCGCUGCUGCUCCCACUUGCGCCCUUACUCUCCGAUAAUGCACUUCUCUUCCUUCCCUAUCCUCCAGCGUCCAUUCUUGACCUCCCACCACCACUAGCCGACGUCCUUGCUCGACUGUUGUGUGUCCUGGUGCCUGCCCUGCAUGCUGUGAGCGAGAGAGACGAGGAGCACGUGGGUCAUACAGGGGGAAAGGGAAGACCGAGUGAGGUAAGGGGGUGUGGGAAUGAGCUGUGA